CGGCUGAAACACAAGCCGAGGAAACAGGCGCAAUGGUAAUCAUCCAGGAUGAGGCGUACACCUUCAAGACUUGCGGCUAUUGUGGGAACAUACGCGGAAGAAGAGUUUAUAAAUGCGGAAUUGUCAUACGGUUAUGGACAGGGACGUAA